AUGUCUUCCCAACCUCUUCUUCAGACCACCCCCGGUAAGCGCAUCGCCCUGCCAACUCGUGUCGAGCCCAAGGUCUUCUUCGCCAACGAACGAACUUUCCUGUCAUGGCUCAACUUCACCGUCAUCCUUGGUGCCCUUGCCAUUGGCAUGCUCAACUUUGGCGAUAGAGUCGCCUUCAUCUCGGCAUUCCUCUUCACCGGCGUCGCCAUGUUGACCAUGAUCUACGCAUUGGUAACAUACCAUUGGCGAGCCAAGUCUAUAAGAAUGAGGGGCCAGGCCGGUUUCGAUGACCGUUUCGGUCCCACCGUUUUGGCUAUUAUCCUUCUCCUGGCUGUUAUUGUCAACUUCGUUCUUCGAAUCACCGACAAGCCUAAGCACCACGGCAACUAG